CCUGGAUGUGCAUUUCGGCUGCGGCUGUUGUUGUGUAGCUAACGAAAACAUCAAAUCAUGCCCGGGUGGACAGUCGUUAAAAUAAUGCCUUUAUCGUGAUUACGGGUAUUUAAUGUUAUCUGUGUAGGAUAAGGAGUUUUUAGCUGUCAGUUUGGUGUGGGUGGGCUUUAGGCUGGGUCCCCACGAGUGUUUUUGUGCUGGUCCGAGGCCUUGUCGCAAAGCCAGCCGCUCAUAGCCGCCGUCCGGGGUUUCAUGUUGAAGUCGACAGGUUUGUCUUAAAAUUAAGUGUUUCCCCGUCAGAAGAUGGACACUGACAAAUUCAACUAUGUUUACAGCUGUGACCUGGACAUUAAUGUUCAACUCAAAAUAGGCAGUUUAGAAGGAAAACGAGAGCAGAAGAGCUACAAAGCCCUGCUUGAAGACCCCAUGCUGAGGUUCUCCGGCCUCUACCAGGAGAACUGCUCUGACCUUUACGUUACCUGUCAGGUGUUUGCCGAAGGAAAGCCACUAGCCCUACCUGUUCGCACCUCAUACAAAGCAUUUAGCACACGCUGGAAUUGGAAUGAGUGGUUGCGGCUGCCAGUCAAGUAUCCAGAUCUUCCCCAAAGUGCCCAGGUUGCUCUCACAGUGUGGGACAUCUAUGGGCCCAGCAGAGCGGUUCCCGUCGGAGGAACCACUGUCACCCUCUUUGGAAAAUAUGGUAUGUUUCGUCAAGGGAUGCACGAUCUGAAGGUUUGGCCGGGUGUGGAAGGGGAUGGAAGGGAGCCCACUACCACACCGGGACGCACCAGCAGCACCCUGGCAGAGGACCAGAUGGGCCGGCUGGCUAAGCUGACCAAGGCCCAUCGGCAGGGCCACAUGGUGAAGGUGGACUGGCUGGACCGUCUGACCUUUAGAGAAAUUGAGAUGAUCAACGAGAGUGAGAAACGCAGCUCUAACUUCAUGUACCUCAUGGUUGAGUUUCCCCGUGUCAAAACAAAUGACAAAGAAUACAGCAUUGUUUAUUAUGAAAAGGAUGGAGAUGACACAUCACCCGUCCUCACCAGCUGUGACAUUGUCAAAGUUCCUGACCCUCAGAUGGGGAUGGAGAAUCUGGUGGAGAGUAAGCAUCACAAACUGGCCCGUAGUCUCCGCAGUGGACCCUCAGACCAUGACUUGAAGCCCAACGCUGCUACACGAGACCAGCUCAAUAUCAUCGUGAGCUACCCACCAACCAAGCAGCUGAGCUCUGAAGAGCAGGAUCUGGUGUGGAAGUUCAGAUACUACCUCACCACACAGGAGAAGGCAUUGACAAAGUUCCUCAAGUGUGUGAACUGGGACCUACCCCAGGAAGCCAAGCAGGCUCUGGAGCUGCUGGGGAAGUGGAGGCCCAUGGAUGUGGAGGACUCCCUGGAACUGCUGUCCUCUCAAUUCACCAACCCCACAGUGAGACGCUACGCCGUGGCACGACUACAGCAGGCUGACGACGAGGACCUGCUGAUGUACCUCCUCCAGUUGGUGCAGGCGCUCAAGUAUGAAAACUUCAGCGAUAUUCAGGGAGGCCUCGAGCCAGGCAGCAAAAGAGACAGCCAGGGACUUUCAGAUGACUCUGCACUGGACAGUUCACAGAUCCUGGCAGGCACAUCUGGAGGCUCGGCUGCACCGCAGAAAGGCAAAGACUCAGCCGACAGUGACAAUUUAGAGCAAGAUCUAUGCACAUUUCUCAUCUCUAGAGCCUGCAAGAAUUCAACCCUGGCCAACUACUUGUACUGGUAUGUGAUCGUGGAGUGUGAGGACCAGGACACCCAGCAGAGAGAUCCCAAAACCCAUGAGAUGUACCUGAACGUGAUGAGGAGGUUCAGUCAGGCUUUGCUCAAGGGGGAUAAGAGUGUGAGGGUUAUGCGGUCGCUGCUGGCAGCUCAGCAGACGUUCGUAGACAGACUGGUGCAGCUAAUGAAAGCUGUGCAGAGAGAGAGCGGAAACCGUAAGAAGAAGACGGAGCGGCUGCAGGCUCUGCUGGCUGACAACGAGAAGGUCAACCUGUCUGAGAUCGAGCCCAUCCCGCUGCCUCUGGAGCCCCAGAUCCGGAUCCGAGGCAUCGUCCCAGAGACGGCCACACUCUUCAAGAGCGCUCUGAUGCCAGCCAAGUUGAUCUUCAAGGCUGAGGACGGAGCCAUGUACCCUGUGAUCUUCAAACAUGGAGAUGACCUGAGACAAGACCAGCUCAUCCUGCAGAUCAUCUCACUCAUGGACAAACUGUUGAGGAAAGAGAAUCUGGACCUAAAGUUGACUCCUUACAAAGUUCUGGCCACCAGCACAAAGCACGGUUUUAUGCAGUUUGUCCAGUCUGUUCCUGUUGCAGAGGUCCUGGCUACUGAGGGGAACAUCCAGAGUUUCUUCAGGAAACAUGCUCCGAGUGAAAAAGGACCCUAUGGCAUCAGCUCCGAGGUCAUGGACACAUACGUGAAGAGCUGUGCUGGUUAUUGUGUCAUCACCUACAUCCUGGGUGUAGGAGACCGACACCUGGACAAUCUGCUCCUGACCAAGACCGGGAAGCUCUUCCACAUCGACUUCGGCUACAUCCUGGGUCGCGAUCCCAAACCUCUGCCUCCGCCCAUGAAGCUGAGUAAGGAGAUGGUGGAGGGAAUGGGGGGCAUGCAGAGCGAGCAGUACCAGGAGUUCAGGAAGCAGUGUUACACCGCCUUCCUCCACCUCAGGAGAUACUCCAACCUGAUCCUGAAUCUGUUCUCUCUCAUGGUGGACGCCAAUAUUCCUGACAUCGCCCUCGAGCCUGAUAAGACUGUUAAGAAGGUACAGGACAAGUUCCGGUUGGACCUGUCUGACGAGGAGGCAGUCCACUACAUGCAGAGUCUGAUCGAUGAGAGUGUGGGAGCUCUGUUUGCCGCUGUUGUCGAGCAGAUACACAAAUUUGCCCAGUACUGGCGCAGAUGAGCUGACCGCUGACCUGAGGCUGAACGACAUCACCGGACUCACUGAACCUGAGGCAGGAACACACCAGGGUACGCUUCGGACCCCACUGAUGCCAUGUGUGAAGAUGAGGAAAAAAACCAACUCAGUGACACUGUUAGUAAAAGGCCAAGAAUGCACUGCCAACCUUUACUGCAAGAUGGCAAAACAAGGACGUCUUUGUUUGCUCCUGUAUAUAUGGUGUAUAUUAAUUAUUGAAUGACUUGUAUGGCCAAAUAAAAACCAGACCAUGUCUUUAAAAA